UAAUGUUGUUUAUUUGUGAGCGUGAUUCCAAGAGGAGAGAUACAAUAUAAUGUACAUAACUGCCUUCUAUGAAGUGAUAUCCCAGUGCGCCGCGGUUAGCUCCUCAAAAUAGUUUUAUGGGAACUCUUAGCCGAAGGACGGUGCAGCGUACUCUUGAUGCGCUCGUUUCCUGCCUGGUGGUGGUGUCGUGGGUGUUCACUGUCUACACGGGGCUCUUUGUGUCUCUGAAGCACCUUGAGCAUACGUAAAAGCUGUCAUGCAGAAGGAAGCCGACAACGCCGUCAUACAAGAAAAAAUGCGGGAGCUGACGCACGUUAUACAGCAAUGCCAGGAAGAGCGAAACCGGAGUGAGCAUAAUCUGACCAACAUCACCAAGACUCAUGAACGCAUCCAGCAGGAGCAGAAGCUGUCACCCUACUACAAGUCCAAGCUGCGAGGUCAGUACAAGACUGCAUUGCAGGAUGCCGAAAGCGAGGAAGAGCUGCUUCGCAAGGCCCUGGAGAUCAUUUUUGAGAUCCGUACUGUCCGCAAUGAAAGGCGUAUUGCAGCCAAGAAUUCAGGCAGCGUAGGCAGACGGAGCACAUCUUUUUCAGAACGCCCCAAGGAAGCUCUGCGUCGGGGGGCCCUGAUGAAGAUGCUCCAGCAGAAUGCACUCACGUUGCCCCUGUUCAUUGGCAAGGAGGAUGAAAAGCCACCACCACUGUGCGGGGCCAUUCCGGCUGAGCCAAACUACGUUGCCAAGGUUGGCGACAUGGUAGCAGCCUUGGCACGUGGUCCUGAUGAUGAUGAGAACUGGAUCUUAGCAGAAGUGCUUCACUACAGCCAUGGCAGCGCCAAGUAUGAGGUGGAUGACAUUGAUGAAGAGCAGAAGGAGAGACACACACUGAGCCGUCGCAGAGUUGUUCCCCUACCGCUCCUGCGAGCAAAUCCCCUCACCGACCCUUCGGCAUUGUUUGCCAAGGGAACACUCGUGAUGGCAUUGUACCCACAGACUACCUGCUUCUACCGGGCACUGGUUCAUGAGCCUCCUAGUGGUCCUCAGGAUGACUACCUCGUACUGUUUGAAGAUUCAUCAUACCCGGAAGGCUAUUCACCUCCUCUUGCAGUUGCACAACGUUAUGUCAUUUGCUGCAAAGAGAUGCGUAAAAAGUAAUGCUCA